CCCCCAGGAUAAGUUAGCUGACCCACCCCGUUCACUGUUUCGUUGAUGCUGCCGUUGGCUGCCACUGCUAACUCUCACCUCGCAGCGUAACGAUUCCCCUCCCCUCCCUCCACCACUGUGUGUGUGCUUGCGUCACGCCACGGCACAUCGCGACCAGCGAUGGCGAAGCUGUCACUUGCGAAGCGGCGCACUUUUCGCGAUUAGAUCCACGUGUCUCUUGCAGCCCGCAUCUCAUAUCGCGUCGCGAUUCACCCUGCGGUUGCUACAUGUUGCUCCGAUAGUUUGAUAAACAAUUGGAGAUACAAGUGGUAAUAAACGGUCGAUCCUGAGGCUAACAGAAUUCUUCAUCAGAUAUUAGAUGCCAUAGUGCAUGCAUCCACUUCGCGUUUAUAGAUGCCCUAAAUUUUAGCCCUAAUCCACAUAAUGGGUUGGCGCUUCGCGGACUUAUUCUCCGCGUCCGACUCGACCUUAUCCGCCACGUCCUCUUCCGGCCACGUGUCAUUUACACCGUCAGCAGGCGCAUCGCACCCAGCAGCAGCAGCAUCUCCAGCAACAGCACCUGCGGCUCCUGCGGCGGCGGCAGCGGCGGCGGCAGCGGCGCCGACAUCGCGAGCCGCAUCUCGAGCCGCAGGGCAUACUAGAUAUGGAGUCGCAUCGGGUACCAACUCUCACAUGUCGCGCCUCGAUGCCGCAGCCGCCGCCGCCGCUGCCGCUCCGCUCGCAACCGCGCCGGGCGCCGCUCCCGCCGUGGUCGUUCUCGCGCCCCCGCAACAAUCCUCCUCUUCCGCCAUCUCCCCGCUUCCGCCGUCCGCCUUCGCGCCUUUCGCGCGCGGCCCCGCCGCGGCUGCUCCGCUAGCUCCCCCCGACGCUUCCCCCUCCGAGGCUUCCGCGGACACGUUUUUCUCCCCCCGAGACUCGUUUUCUUCCGCCCAUGGCUUUCCCGCCCGAGAUUCUUCCUCCCCUUUUAGUCACCGCUCGUUCGAUUCGAAUCACCCGUCUAGUCACGCUUCGAGCCUCCGUGCCGGCCGGUCUAUGCCGUCGUCAGACCCGUCGAUCCGGAAAAAGCGGAGACCGCACGAUCUUCUCUUCCUGAUGCUCUUCUUAGGGUGCUUAGUAGGCACGGGGUACGCGUCGAUUCGGAUCGGUUCUACCCGGUGGAAAAUACUGCCUCCUAGCAGUCCUAAGGAGCAUUCCACUGCGGAGUUCUGGCCGGUUCUUAUGGUGGCGGCGGCCGUGGCGCUAGCAACUGGGUCGCUCCUCCUGCAGCUACUAUUUUUCUACACGAAUAUGGCGAUUAAAGUGGUCGUGCACGUGCUGACGACGUACAUAGCGGUGGUUAGCGUGUUCUGCUUCUGGGAUAAGGAGUAUUUCUGGGGGAUCUUCUUCGCUAUAGGCGCCAUGCUGCAGUUUGUGUACGCCAUCGCGGUGGUGGAUAGAAUAGCAUACACCAUGCUGGUCGUGCGGAGAGCGCUGGGAUUCGCCCGGGGCUUCCCGCUGCUGAUUCUCUUUGCCCACGUGGCAGCGCUGCUGCUCGCCACGUGGAUGGGUGUCUGGACGUUUGGCGUGUCGGGAAUCAUGGCGCAGGACCAGGCGAAGCUAGAGCGCUGGUGGAUACUGCUGCUCUUCGCCAUGAGCAUUUUCUGGACGGCAACAGUCGUCUGCAACAUGGUGCACGUGGUGACAGCUGGCGUGAUGUCAGCGUGGUUUGCCGCCAGCUCAGCGGAGCAGAACGCCAGCUCAGCAGCAGCGGGGGAAGCAGCCUCUGCAGCAGAGGAGGGUCGGAUUGCGGUGGCGGUGCCACCUCAGCAGUUCCAGCUGGCGCCAGGGCGGGUCACUCUGGAGGCCACGUGGCAUGCUCUGAUUGGCCUUGGGAGCAUCUGCUAUGGAUCGCUUUUCAGCCCUCCGAUUCGAGUGCUCCGAUGGAUGAUACGAGGCGUGCGCGCAUGGUGCAUAGCCAACGAGUGUUUCUUCUUCAUAAUCAACAUGGCUUUCAACUUUAUCGAAGCGCUCACUAGGGCGUUCAACGCCUUCGGCUUCGUCACUCUGGCAAUGUACGGCAACAACUUCAACCGCUCGUCCGUGGAGGCGUGGGAGUUGUUCCAAUCCACAGGGGUGGAGGCAGUGAUAGCAUACGACCUGUCGGGAGCCGUGCUGCUGAUGGCAGUGAUGCUGGCAGCUAUGGUGGCGGGGACGGCAGCGGGCGUGUGGGGGUGGUAUGUGGCGGAGGAGCUGGUGGUCACUGUUGGGGCCAUGGGGAUUGUCACCGGUGCUGCCAUGGCCGGUGUGUUGCUGUCAGUGGUGGAGGGGGCAGUCACAGCAACGUACGUCACAGCAGCAGAGGACCCCACACUCAUCGGCUGUGUUGACGCUGAGUUUGCCGCCCAGUUGCUCGACACGUUACACCAGCGGUUACAGCACCGCAGCGGGAAGCCGUUACCCGCUAGCCUGGCUUCAGACGGUCUUGUAGGGGGGGUGCCGGCAGCAUGAGCAGAUUUGGCUGGAGAACGAAGGGUGGCUAGCUACCAGCUUCUAGGUGAGCCGGCAUCUAGGGGGGGUAAAGAGUUAACGGCACCACACGUUACACCAGCGGUUGCCAGCAGUGGUGGUUUUGAGCUUACAGCUCGCGUCAGACUCGCGAAUUACGAUGAACCAGGCCGCACCACAUUGAAUUGUGAGAUCGAAUUUGUCCUCCGUGUAGAACUGCACGAGUCUGAAGCCAGGUGGUCUAACGCGAGGUCACAGGAAUUUCCCCAACUACAGUGUUCACUCAUCGUUUGGCCGCUAAUCCUAACCCUCCCUUAGAUGGCAUCUACAGGAGUGGAACACUGGCGUAAUAUCCUGGGCUGCUGGGCAGCUCGAUUGCAAUAUGCAGUGCCUCAAUCCUUGCUUUCUGGUCCUUUGGUGUUGUCCAAUAAAUGCAAUCCAGCAUA